GCCUAUCAUUCUUGAAGAUAAAUAACGACAGCUUCUUCCUUCACCUUUGUUGUUUCUCUUCACUACUCUUCCACUUCCCUAACAAAUAACUCUACGUUUUCUGAAAAAUUAUCUCAUAGUUUAUCAAUCUUAUCACAUGAGCAUCGCCUUAUCUCAUCAGCAAUGGAUAGUUUCACUCUCAGAACUACCGCCAAUUCCACCACUUUCUCUGCUAUUCAAUUCUUUCCGCAACCCGUUUCUCAUGCCAAGAAAUUCGGAAUUCUGAAUUUCCCUUGCAGAAAACCCAGAAAAUUCUGGGUUUCUGCAUCAAAAGAUGAACCGCAGCUUGACGAGUGGGAUAAGAUGGAGCUUAAAUUUGGUCGAAUGAUUGGGGAAGACCCCAAAAUCACUUUAGCCAAGAUAAUGGGUAGAAAAUCAAAUCCAGAUGUGUCUUAUUUGGAAAUUGAGAAGUUAUUAGAUAAGAAGAAGGGGAGUGCAUUGGAUGAAAACGUAGAGGAGGUCCCAUGUGAUUUGCCUGAUCAAAAGAGGUCAGUGAAAUCCGUGCAAGGGCUAAAUUUGGUCCGACCUGUAUUAAAGAAAGGAGCCAAGUUCGAAGAAACUGCCAAACCUGUGGAAAAAAGUGCUAAAAGUUCUAUCCGCCCAAUUAAAAAGGCUUCAGAAGAGACUAAAAGCAGCGUUCCUGAUGUUAUCUUGCGAAAACCACGAUCAUUUAAUGAGGAUGAUGGUGCGAGUGGAUCCACAAGGUUCGGAAUGAGGCCAAACUUAUCACUGAGAAUGGGAAAGGAGCCCCAGAAAGAGAGGUUUAGUGAUAUUACAUUGUUAAGGAAACCUGAACCUAUGACAUCCAAAUCUGAAGUUGGAGAAGAGAACAGCCGUCAAGAUUCUUUUGAUGGUAGUUACAGGAGUUCAUCUACUGAAGGAAGAGGUUCUGCCCCUCUUCUAAAAAAGCCAGAGCUGUUGAAGCUCAAUUCAAAUGCAGAAGCAGAACAUGAUUCGUCAAACGAGGAUACCAAACUUAGCUCCAGUGCCCCUCUUCUAAAAAAGCCAGAGCAGUUGCAGCUCAAUUCAAAUGCGGAAGCAGAACAUGAUUCUCCAAAAGAGGAUACCGAACUUAGCUCCAGUAGUAUUUUCACCGAGAAUAAGUCGGAUGUUUCCAACUCAGAUAAUCGGCAAGUGACUACCAAUGACAUCAAUCAGAACCAGUUCCAUGAAACCAGCCAAGAAGAAUCUGCUUCAGAUGAGGGGUUGGGAAAAGAAUUGCAGGCUGAUAUGCGGUAUGGUGGGCAAACAUUCAGUUCUGAUGAACUUUCUAGAAGUAUCGCUGCAUCUAUGGAUACUAUGCUUAUAGGCAAACCAGAAAGAUUAGAUCCCGCUGUUAAACCAGCAAAUCAGAAAAUUAGAAAUGAGGUGGUUCCUAUAAAUCCUGACAGCUUGGGUAAUCCAUUAGAGCUGGAGAACUUCAUUGCAACAUCACCUAUUAAGGAACGGGAGGAUGAUGACUGGACGAGAGCAGAACAGCUGGUUAAGACUGGAGAAAGAGAAGAAGUGGAAUUGAUCAGCGCCAGUACUAGAGGAUUCGUUGUCUCAUUUGGUUCCUUGAUUGGUUUUCUACCAUAUCGCAACCUUGCUGCUAGGUGGAAAUUCUUAGCUUUCGAGUCUUGGUUAAGAAGAAAAGGUUUAGAUCCAUCUCUUUACCGGCAGAACCUGGGCAUAAUUGGAAAAUAUGAAGCUACUAGCGCGAUGGAUGCCUCUGAGUCGGUGAAAAGUUCAGAAAUUGGUAGUAAGACUGAUGUAGCAUUGACACCAGAUAUGAAGCUGGAGGAUCUUCUUAUGCUCUAUGACCAAGAGAAGCUUAAAUUCUUGUCGUCCUUUGUUGGUCAGAGAAUCUAUGUGGGAGUAGUAUUGGCUGACAGAAAUUCUCGGAGGCUAAUAUUUUCAAUAAAACCAAAAGAGAAGGAAGAAUUAGUUGAAAAGAAGAGAGAUCUCAUGGCACGGCUGAGUGUUGGAGAUGUAGUCAAGUGCUGCAUUAAAAAGAUUACAUACUUUGGUGUCUUUGUUGAGGUUGAAGGGGUUUCUGCACUUAUUCACCAGACAGAAGUUUCUUGGGACGCCACUUUGGAUCCUGCAUCGUACUUCAAAGUUGGCCAGAUUGUCGAUGCCAAAGUCCAUCAAUUGGAUUUUUUGCUGGAACGUAUAUUUCUGUCAUUAAAGGAAAUAAUGCCGGAUCCCCUGAUGGAGACCCUGGAGGCAGUGGUUGCUGAUCAUAAUACUUUCGAUUGUAAACUCGAAGAAGCUCAGGCAGAUUCCGAGUGGGCCGAGGUUGAGUUGCUGAUGAAAGAAUUGAGGCAGUUUGACGGAAUCCAGUCUGUGUCAAAAGGACGGUACUUUGUGAGCCCGGGUUUGGCACCUACUUUUCAGGUUUAUAUGGCCUCUAUGUUCGAAAAUCAGUACAAAAUGCUUGCUCGAGCUGGAAAUCGAGUACAGGAGGUAAUGGUGCAAACUUCUCUGAGCAAAGAGGAGCUGAAAUCUGUUAUCCUGACAUGCACCAACAGGGUGGCAUGAACCAUGAAGACGACGACGUCUCUCUACAGAUCCUGCUGACCACUUCUUGAAAUAUUGAGGUUAGAAAUCUUACAUUCUUGAAUGUAAAGACAUAACCAUAACUUUGCAAUGUGGUUGUAGUUUGUUAGGCUUUUCCCCGUUGUAAAUCUUUCUCAUAUAAAUUUUGCUCGCUUAUAAAGUAAAUUCUAUCCAUUUAAUGUAUGCAAACAUUUGAUCAUUUAUAGAGGUGCUUAUGUUUCCAGAUAA